AUAGCCACUGCGUAGUUAUUUAGCAUUUUGAUGUCGAUGGGAAUUGAACAAAUAAUACUAAUAGGCAGGAUAUAGGGGAAACAUUGUUGCAACCUGACGCCACUUAACUUAAUUCCGCGAUUGUGUACAAUUUACAAAGUCUAGUAUUAUUGAGACUGAGAGUGAGAGUCAAGAAAAUCUUCUAACUUCUAACAAAUACAAAAGGAACAGAGAUGAAUUUUACACGGUCAGGCAGACCCGUCUACGUUACCCUGCUUCAGGAGUUCAAACGUUGCCCUCCUCGGUUCUUCAAUGCCACUGUUACCGAUCGUGGUAACUUCAUCAUGCCACAUGAUCCAGCACAGAUCAACGUGUGCGAUCGAACCAAAGAGGGGAAGUCCUUGUUUCCGGACACAAUGGGAGGCGUUCUUGUCGUACAUACCGAGACUGAGUUCCAACAGCUUACAGCUCGUUUGUUGGAGAGGCCCAUCUUCUUCACAGUCUCUGUGGAACGCCAUUCGAAGCAGAUGUUUUCCAAAGUCACCCACAUCACAAAGGGUCGGUUGGCUGUGUUUGUUAACACUCAGCAUCCUCAUGUUCAUCAUCUGAUCCAGUCCCGUCUUGCCCAAGGCAUGGACUCCCUGAAACGGGGGAAACACUUUGCAGUCGAGUUUGACUUCAACAAUAUCUUUGCGUCCUGGAUGCGGGGUAUGUAUGUGUCAGCAGACCUGCAGUCAUCACUUGCCUCCAUCCACUAUACCGCCGGCUCGGGCAAAGUGACCGUGACCUCCUACAGCGAGCCCAAUGAGUGCUUCACCGACCCAUGUUCCCUGGUACUCAUGUGUAUGUUCUGCCUGCCCUGCUGUCUGCUGACCUGUCCCUGCUAUAGGAUCCACCGUGCCGUGACCGUUGAUGACUCUGGUGGUGAGGUCAGGGGACUGGUGGCCAGCUACUAUAGUCCCGAGGCAGAGCUGCAGGGAAUGCAGCAGGUUCUCGCCGGUGUCCUGCAGAUGUUGGCCCAGAAUAAUGCGGCCCAAGUUAAUGCGCCUCCUACUUAUGAUGCUGCAACUGGAUCUAAUCUGGCCUAUGGAGGCUCUCAGGUUGUGAACCGCCAGCCAGGAUAUCCACAACCCGUGGGUCAACAAGUCGGCUAUGGCCAGCCUGGGGUACAGCAGCCUGGCUACGCUGUACCCAUGGUUCAGUAUCCCGGACACGCCCAGACUGUGGCACAGCAGCCCGGUUACCCCCAACCUGUGGUGGGACAACAGCCAGGUUACGCUCGACCAGUGGUACAGUAAUCUGACUAAAAGGCUACCCAUGGGUUGACUGACAGGUUGUGUCCAGCUUACGGCAUAGCAGCCAGGCUACGCCCAACCCAUGGUAUCGUACCUUGGCUAUGGCCUACUGGUUAGUUGGCAGCCAGGCUACACCCAACCCAUGGUACAGUAGCCUUUUUAUGGCCUACCUAAGAGUAAGCAGCCAGGCUGUAUGCCCAGCCCAUGGGUUAGAAUAUUGGGCUCAUUUUGUUUUCUUUGUAUGCUUAUCACAGUGCGUAAAUCUGUGAUUUUUUUCAGCUUUGUAAGGAAAUCAGGGUGUAGUUUUUAUUCACGCUGCUUGUAUAUUUGCUUUGCACCAUUGUAACGAAUUUGCAAGUUCGACAAGUUCUUGUUCUUGCGAUUCUGUUUGUCAUUCGGGAAAUUUGCCCAAUGGGUGGACAGUUACAUUUUGCAUGAAAUCUCCUGCGGACGGGAUUUUUGUUUCUUACCAAAACAAGUUUUUCAACAAGGAAACAUAUUGUCAAAACAUAA